AUGGACCAGCAAACUCGAGGACGCCAACUAAGCCGUUUCUACGAGCCCCUCGUCUUGCUGCAUACGCUAGGGAGUACGAGAGGGGAGCAUACAUGUGCCGAGCUUUCCACCCGAGAGAAUGUCUCCCAACUUCCACUCAAAGACUUAAGACGGAUGUUCCUUAGCGAGCUGGCGUAUACAUGCGACUACGAUAAAGGUGGCGACACAGUCACCGCUAUUGGAUUAAAUUCGACGCCGCAAAAUUACGUCUUCUGGGUGGCCUCGAAUUCUUGCCCGAGGAGGAAGAUUGUCCCAUUUUUAGAGUCACUUCUGACCAAUCUGAGAGACAUCUCAAUCACGGCGACUCUAGUCACACUGGAAGGAGUAAACGAUAUAGCUGCACAGUGUAUAAGAUUUGCAACUCCAAGAAUUAAGAAGUACAGAUCGCACCUCAGCCCGUUAUUGCGAAAAUGUCACGCAUAUCUUGCUCAAACAGAACGAGAGGAUGGUAAGUUUAGUUGCCCUGUGCCACUUUGCUCUGACUCGAUGCGUAAACUUGCGAGACUGAGUAUAGAACCCAAUUACAAAAGCAACGAAGACGCGAUACACAACACCUUUGGGUUAGUAAGGCAUUAUAUCGGACGGCUCGGACAUCAUUUUCGAGCGGCUAAGGCGCUUCUCUCUUGCGCAUCAAGGCUUCCUGAGCUCCUCCAUGACUUUGAAGUCCGCAGUAUUCCUACACCGCCAAAAUCGGCGUCACCUCCAGCGGAUGGAAAGACGAGACUAGAAAGCAUUAUGGUCCGCAUGCUACCUGCGAACUCCCCGGACCUUAACCGAUAUCAGCAAGCGCUUGCAGAGAUGGACGAUAAAUACCAACUAUCUCGGCGUUUCCUAGAUAACUACACAGACUUCUCAACGCGCGUCCACGCCGAGAUCCAAGUUCUGGAGCAGUUCCACGUGGGCAAAUUGUCCUUUGCAGCCGGUGAUCGGUAUAUUGCCUGCAGCAAGCCAGCUUGCUUUUGCUGUCUGCUCUACUUCCGGCACCAUCCAGGACAUUUUGUGGAGCCGGCGUCGCAUCGCAAGAUAUAUCUGAACUGGCGACCGCCUGAUCUUGACGCUGAGUGCGAUAUCAUCAGCCAGAACCGCCAAAGAGAUGUUCUAAAUUCGAUGACUUGUGAUAUUCGAAAGGAGGCCCUACAGCAGAUAGAGGAGAAAAUCCCGCCACAAGCUUGGCACCCGGAUUCUCUCACCGGAGUCACCGAAGAGGCCAAGACACCACUUCCUACGGUAGGAGGUUCUGUUGUCUUUGAUGCUUUCCCUGUUGAAAUAGAAGAACCGACGACGAUAACAGAUUUUGGUUCUACCCUACCAUUAUUUGACGGCGCGGAUAUGGUGAACUUCAGCAUAGAGAGUUCUGACUCUGAUCAUUGUGACAAACAGGCGAGAUUACUGAAGAACUCGCAGCCUGACCCUUACGAUUUUGAGGACGACUCCGAUGAGGAAGGUGGAGUGCUACUAUGA